UAGACAAUACAAUACCACAAAGCAAUGGCAGGUUUAGGGACAGCUGUGAAAUUGCUAGAGUCGUACCGUGGCCGAGAUAAAAUUAUGAGAACUACAAGUUUUGCAGCUUUGUUUGCAAGUGGGAUGACAAGUAACCCUGAACUGGCGCAGCGGUUUGCAAAGAUAACCAUGGAAUUAAGUGGUUGUAGAACUAUUCUUCGACUUUUUGACGAUCUUUCAAUGUUAGCUUUAUCAAUGCGAUAUGGCUGGGGAAAGAAUGAAAAAGAUACCGUCCAACGUGUGUUUAAAAUCAUGAGUAAUUUUGUGAACCAAAUGUUCUUCCCUAUUGAGCAUGUGGCGUGGGCUGCAGAGAAAGGUCUCAUUUCCAUCUCAGCUGCUCCGUGGUGGUUAGCUAGUCUGUGUGCCUGGGUUUCAUCUCUGCUUAUUAACCUUGUCAGUAUCAUGUGGAGAGUGUUGAAGUUGAUUAAAGCAAGAUCCCAAGAAGGGUCCAAUAGAAUGGAUCCAAAGUUAUUCAAGACAAAUUUGAAAACUGAGGCGCUCAAUUUUUUUGAGAAUGUUUCUAAUUUGGGAAUGGCAGUGCAUUGGUUGCCAGGGCAACAAUUAUGGUGUGGUAGACUCAAUCCAGCCACUGUUGGUUUGCUGGGCAUGACUUCUUCAUUGAUUGGACUUGCAAAAAUGGCAGUUUAGUGGCUACUAAUAUAUUGUUGUAGGGCAGCCUCACAUGUCAUAAUUUGUAAUUAAUGAACAAAGUUAAUGUAAUUGUUUGUUCAAGGCAUAGAUAUUAUGAUUUCUUGUAUUACUUUUAAGUUUUGUCCAUAUAACUAAUAGUGUAAGUAAAAUAAGAAUCAAGUUGCCUAUCAUGUUACCUUAGUACCUUGCAAUAAUUAAUCUUUGUAAUCUAUGCAGCUGUUUCAAUCUUUUAAUUGUAAUUGUACAUUUUGGCUUUAUAAUAAACACUUUAAAUCAA